AUGUCUUCCGACGUAGAACCCCCACGGCCUAGCCUGCCUUCAACUCCUGAGGAUGGUCACGGAGAAGGUGUCGAAGCUAAUGACUCCGAAACUAUCGCCGCUUCCAAUGCUACCUCUGACCAACUCGGUUUUCGCCAGCGAGACCCAGUUGAUAACCCGCCUCGGCUCAGCGAUGCGUCAAACACACCCAAAGCAGAGUCCUUGCCAGAACCUAUGCAGAUUGAUGCGGAAGAGGUCUUGAGGGGGGAAAGUUUGGUUUUUUCUCCGACCUCGGGGCCGUUAGCAGCUACCACUACAGUCGCAUUGUCACCGAGGACAAAAAUCGUCGAGGCUCGCGCAUUAUAUGCAUUUGCUGCACGAUGGGAGCAUGAUAUCGUCGAAGCCGCCAUGAACAGCGGUGUAAUGGCUAUCGCGAUCUCAGUGUCUCAAACUAGUCCCUUGGACUCGGAUUCACCGGUGACUGCUCAGUGGUUGCUCUGGGCCAACGCGAGCUAUCUACCAUCCCAAUUUGCCUAUAAUCUCGCUGCCGAAACGGGCGUUCAAGUACUCAUGCGACCUGCCGAGGCGGCUCCCCGCGAGCUUUGGCUCAAGGACCGCCCAGCUUUGAGUCCAGUGCAGUCACCGUUUCGGCAGGUUGCGACCUCUUCGUCCAAAGGCACUGUCAAUAAAAGCCCAGAACAUGCUCGCGAGAACAACCCACCGCCCGCGACAACUGGUUCGGCCUCGAGUCCAGUGGCCGCUGAUCCAACCUACGCACCUUAUGUCCCGAAUCGUUUUGCGGAGCUUCCAGAUCCCUCCCCGGGGCCGCACGAAGACGACUCCGACCCCAAGGAUUCGCCAAAGGCAAAAUGUUCAAUGGUGGACAUUAUGUUGAGCGAUAACACAGCAUUGUUCGCCUCAUUGUCGCUGUCCAUCCAGCGUGGUCAGCGCCACAACGUCUCGAAACACGAACUCGGUGUCCCUCUCAGGGCUGCUCUAAAUUUCAACACCGCAAAACUUGAAUUAUCGGGCGGUUUCCUGACAGUCGCAUCAAAUGGUCUCCCCCAUACGUUAUGUGUUGCCUACGACAAUGCGAUAGAACGAGGAGCGGACAUGGUUACACUCAAGGUUUCCAAUACCGGUAACAUGGCUGCUAAGGCAACGUUGGGCCAUACGGGAAUAGCGGUAGAUGCAAGCGCCUCAGUUGCUGUCGGGAAGGACUCUUCCACUCAAACACAAUACCCAACCACUCCACCAUUCGUCUGCAAGAUGCACUCAAAUCAGGUUGUGGCAGCAACAGUUGAAGUAAUUCCCCACCCAACUGUCGCCCGGAACGGCAUGAUCGCUGUUGAGGUGAAUGCCAAAGUUAUGCUUCCCCAGCGCUCGCAGCGAGACUGGCCGUACGCAUUGCCAAUAAGAUUCAACGCCCAGUGGUGUUUGCGUGACCGUUCAGAGUUGAAUAUCGGACGCUACAGCCUGGUGGUUUUUGAAGUCGUCGAGGAUGUGUGGGGCGGGCGGGAGGAUUGGGAAGAUAACCUGACGCGAAGUGUAGCGGUGUUCCCCAACUAUGAUGCAACCCCAAACGAUGACACCGAAAACGGCUUUACUCAGUAUGAGAAUACGACCCUCCUGACAAUGAGAGAAAGACUGCAGCCCAAGCAGCCGCCGUGGUACAACUUCCGGACGCUUGUUCGACGGAUCCGCCACGAAAAACCACAGACACUUCCCGCUGGCGCGUAUCAGAUGUGGGGCCCGAAGGGUUGGAUGGCCGUCAAGAUUGGCGAGCUUUUGCAGGUCCCAUUCGACGCGCAGAGCCUGUCUCCGCCGUUCGACGCAUUGCAGCUCGAGUACCCCAUGCGCUUUCGUGAGGCGCGAGGUUCGGAAGAGACAUAG